GCGUUUAGUUUGGUUGAAGGAGGAUGAUGCGCUUGGUUCUCGGUCUCCUGGAUUAAAAGUAUCCGUUAAUGUCGGUGUCUGGACGCUUCGUGAGGAUUUUAAUCACUUUCUGCUCCUAUUUGUCGGCUCCUCCCAAGGAAGGAGUGUUUUUUUUUGUUCUCCGCAGCUCGUUUGAUCUAAGAAGACGGCUGCAUGUCGGAGCUUAACGUCGACCAAUGGAGGAGUGCUGGAAGUACAGAAAAACAAGCAGACUUUAAGCCGGAAAGGAAUCUUCUUCUUCUUCUUCUGUGAGUUUGCUAACUGUGUGUAAAGACCUUUGGGAGUACAAGAAUCCAGUCAAGGACACGUUCAUCCACCCCACCGCNCCCCCACCCCCCAGCCUUCGAGAAGAUGAGAGUAGAAAAAUAAAGCUCGGUGCAGUCCAGAAGAGCUUCAUGAAUCCAAAUAAACCUUAAAACAAACUCUGUAGGAAUCAGCCGGCCAUGUGCGCGUUAGCUGCAACCGUCCAGCGUCUCGUGGCCGCUGCGCUGCUAUUGGCUGGAGCCGUCCAAUCAGUGAGUGACGCUGAGGAUGAUGUCACACCACGCAUCAGUUUCCCCCACAAUGCGAAGGAGAGAUCGGCCAAGAGAUUCUCGGCGGACGGCGUCUUCAAUUACACGUCCCUGCUGCUCAGCCAGGAGGACGACAUGCUGUACGUCGGAGCCAGGGAGGCGCUGUUCGCCCUCAGCCUCUCGGACAUCAGCAAGACCAAGCUGCGGAGGAAUCUGACGUGGGGCACUCCUGCUGGAAAGCGAGAAGAGUGCAGCUUUAAAGGGAAAAACCUAGAGAACACGUCAACCUUCUCCUUGGAAAGGGACGAAGCGGGCGAGGUGGUGCUGGAGGAUGGGCGCAGCCGCUGUCCUUUUAACCCAGAAUACAAGUCCACUGCCAUCAUAGUGGAUGGAGAGUUGUACACCGGUACCGUCAGUAACUUCCAGGGGAACGAGCCGGUCAUUUACAAAAGUCUGGGUCAGGGAACGGCUCUGAAAACUGAGAACUCUUUAAAAUGGCUGCAAGAUCCCGUCUUUGUUGGCACGACGUACAUCGAGGAGAGUCAGCCCGCAGGAAAUCCCGUGGGCGACGACGACAAGAUUUACUUCUUCUUCAGCGAGGCGGGGAAAGAGAUCGACUUCUUCGACAACACCAUCGUGUCGAGGAUUGCCCGCGUGUGUAAGGGUGACAGAGGAGGUGAGCGAGUGCUGCAGAAGAAGUGGACGACCUUCCUGAAGGCUCAGCUGCUGUGCUCCCUCCCCGACGACGGCUUCCCCUUCAACAUCAUCCAGGACAUGUUCGUCCUGAAGCCCACGGGCGACAGCUGGGAGAGCACCGUCUUCUACGGCGUCUUCACGUCACAGUGGUAUAAAGGAGCGUCGGGCAGCUCGGCGGUGUGCGCCUUCAGCAUGGCGCAGGUGGAGGCAGCCUUCAACGGCCGGUACCGAGAGGUGAACAGAGAGACCCAACAGUGGUACACCUACAACCACCCAGUACCAGAACCACGACCCGGGGCGUGCGUGACCAACCACGCCAGACAAAUGAGCAUCCACUCGUCCCUGCACAUGCCGGAUAAAGUGCUGAACUUUGUGAAGGACCACUUCCUGAUGGACGGCGUGAUCCGCAGCGCCCCCUUGCUGCUGAAGCGCAGCGUGCGCUACACGCAGAUCGCCGUGCACAAGAUCCAGGGCAUGGAGCGGGCUUACGACGUGCUCUUCAUCGGAACGGAUGACGGGAAGCUCCACAAAGCCAUUAACGCCAACGACAAGAUGCACAUCAUCGAGGAGCUGGUUCUGUUCGCAGAGCCUCAGCCCGUGCAGCACAUCGAACUGGACUCUCAGCGGGGUUUGUUGUUCGUCUCGUCGUACUCGGGCCUGGUGGAGGUUCCCGUGGCCAACUGUUCCAACUACCUGAGCUGCGGCGAGUGCGUGUUGUCCAGAGACCCCUACUGCGCCUGGAACGGGUCGGUGUGCCGGGACGUCAGGAUGGCUCCGCCCGACAGCCACUGGCAGCAGGACGUGGAGGAGGCGGACACGUCAGCCAUUUGCAAUGCGACAAUUUCCAGCCCCAGAUCUGCCAGACCAACAGCUGCCCGUGGUUCCCGUUGCAAGCCCAUUACAAUCCCAGCCAACACAUUUCGAGUCCUGCCCUGUAAGCUGCGCUCCAACCUGGCUCAGAGGAAGUGGCGCUACAGCGACCGCUCCAGACAGUUCCUGUACGCCACCCCGGAGGGGAACCUGGUGGUGGUGGCCCAGUCCGAGCACACGGAGACGUACGAGUGCUGGUCCGAGGAGGAGGGCUUCCGCCAGCUGCUGGCCAACUACUGCGUGAGAGCGGAGCCCCGCCUGGAAAGCACCACCCCCGUCGGACACUCGCGCACGCCCCACUUCCCCCGGGAGGAGACCAUCAUCCUGCCGGGCGAGUCUCGCUCCCAGCAGGUCCACACCAAGACCUACUGGAACGAGCUGAUUGUGGUGUGCGCCCUGUUGGCGUUCUCCCUCGUCGUCUUCUCCUUGUUCGUCGUCUACAGGAACCGGGACCACAUGAAGUCCAUGCUGAAGCAGGGCGAGUGCCCCAGCAUGCAGCAGAAGAAGCCCAGGAUGGUCGGGAAGCCCGCGGAGAGCCUGCCCCUCAACGGCAACACCGUCCCCGUCUCACUUUCGGACCACAAGGGCUACCAGACGCUGGACGACGUCUACGUCUGCAGCACGCCCACGCACGAGUCCUCCCCGGACAACAGCAAGAGCUUCUCCGAGUCCUCGGACAGGCGGCCGCUCAACGCGAAGGAGAGCCACGUGGAGUACUCCCCGACCUGCCCUCGGCCCAGAGUCCGGUUAGGCUCCGAGAUCAAAGACUCCAUCGUGUGAGACACUCACGGUACGGACCACCCAGCACCGGAGAGGAAACCCUGACAUCCUCCCACGUCACGGCGCAUCUUUUUCUUUCAGCCAUCUCAGCUCUGAUCAGUGAGGAGGGCGUGUUUGUUUCAUGUUUCCACUCCGAAGCCAGAGGUUGGGCUGGUUUGUCGCUGCGGCACAACACGUCAGCAUCAACCACAAAAACCAUGGCAGCUGCUAAUAUGAUUCCAUCGGUCUGUUUCUGAACUCUUCUCGUGGCCUCUAACAACCUGUGUGUGUGUCUGUGUGAGAGAGAGAGCAAAGGGCUGGGUAAUAUAAGGGACACAGUUAAUACCACCUUACACAGAACACAUGUUUCUGUGUGGAGCGGCGUCUCUGUUGGGUACGCAUCGUGAAACGUCUGUCGAGUCAAAAAGCGUCGAUGCUCGCCCAGCUCUUCUUUGAGUAAUCUUGCACAGCUUCUGCAGAAGGUGGCGCCUCCACACUUCUGCUUUUCUGCACACGCAGGCUCCAGCGACGUGGUGACGAGGAGUUCAGGUUAAAGUGAAAUUCAUUUUCCUUGUCAUUCAGCACAUUUUGUUUCCCCUUUUUGUGCGGAGUAAAUGUGUGAGCCGAAACCUGAGGCAAAGGUUGGGAGACUGCGCUGCUGUUGGAGGACAUCAAGACGGGACACAAAAAAAAGCAGCUUAUUCUUGUCCUCUGAGGCCUAAACACUGUCAUUUACCUCCUGAAUGUAUGCUUGUUGUGGAAAUGUGGUCACCCGCAAAAACUGCUCCACUUUAAAAGGAAAACAUUCUGCUCAUCUGGUCGUUUGACGGGAUUGAAAGGAAGCUGCCACUGUGGGUUCAGACACAAAACCCAGAUGAGCUUCGGAGGAAAGAAUACAGAAAGGUGGAAAAUAUGGAAACAGCGUCACCUUUUUGACAUAUUCAGGGCAGCACUGAAAUCACCACAUGUACUGUGCCAAAAAAUAACAACAAAUAAAAAUAAUAAUGACUAAAUCUAAAUGCAAUAGUGCCAUCCUGUCACGGCCACGUCACGGUUUGCAUCAAUCAUCCUUUAAGAGCACACGGUGAUGGAUCCAGGGUCGGGUUUUCCACUAAAUGUAUUGUGGCACUAAUAAUAAAUAAAUGUGAAGGUCAAAGUUGGGAGUUUCUCUUAAGACUGUUAGCUCAUAGCAGUGUUUGUAAAAGCGGUUUCUCUUCAUGUUGAGUUUGAGUCGGGCCAAAAAAACAACAUGGAGGUUCACCAUGUGCUUGUCUGCCUUCAUUCUGAAACUUAUCCAAGUACUUUGCAGACACCAGAGUUAAAGUGGGAUGGACAGGACAAACGAUAUAAAGUCACAAAACAAUACUUGGCACAAAAAGUCAAUAAGUGCGUGUUUGGUAGGUUGUUUCUUUGUUGUAACAAUGCUACUUGGCAAUAAAUCUUAAACAAACUGGCAACACCUGGAGGUACCAGAAGCUUUAAACAAGUGUGGAAGUUCAGAGUAGAAAGAAGCUGAAAAGGUUUAACAUCAAAACUGUUUAUGCGAGUUAAAUUUGAACAGAUGACCUUUGCAGAAAGUAGGACAACAAAAGUAAAAAA